UCAAAGUUCGAAUUUGCACAGCUUACAGCUAUCUUCAUAUCGAUAGACCAGAAUCUAGAAAAUUCACUUAGCCACUCUUGUUUAUUGAGCAACACCAAACCGUUGCUCUAGACUCGUGACCAGUUGCCUUACACAGCCUAGUGACGAGGAGAUGUGCUCAGCUCUCACGCAAGACAUUUUCGGGCACUUUGGGGAGCCGAUAUGUUUCGGAACAGUAACAGGGCUUCGACUGUAACUUCCUAUUCGGAUGCGAGGAACUUGUCACGUUGGACUAAAGUUGAUUCAUGCAAAAGUUUUCAGCGGAUAUACCACAUAUAUACGGUAUGGCGAUAUGUCUCUUUCAUACAGGUCUGUGAUACAUCGAGGACAUGCUUCCUGUCUGACCGUUUCACAGAUUCGAUCAGAAUUUGACGAUCUGCUAUUUCGUCAUGCUUCAAAGUGUGGCGCAGCUGUGUUCGACAAUACAAGAGUCGCCGAACUUUAGUUCGAGGGCGAAAAGCCUGUUUCAGCCGACUGUAGGAAUGACAGCACCGGGACACAGGGCCGUAUCUCUUUCAGCUACCUAGUCGAUGCGUCAGGAAGGAACGGGAUCAUGUCCACAAGUAUCUUAAGAAUAAACGUUAUAAUCGGG